AUGUUUGCCAAAGCUCUCAUUGUCGGCGGACUCGCCAUGACUGCCACCGCGCACGUCAAAAUCAGCAACCCCGUCCCUUUCCAGAAGUCACAACUUACCAACGCCCCGCUUGAUGCGAGCGGGAAGGAUUUCCCCUGCAAGGUCGGCGGUGACCACCCGUACACCUACGAACUCGAGGGCGCAAGCAACGUCUAUGCGCAGGGCAGCACCCAGCAGCUCGCCUUCGUUGGCAGCGCUGUCCAUGGAGGCGGCUCAUGCCAAGUCUCCAUCACCACCGAUCUCAAGCCGACCAAGAGCUCGAAGUGGAAGGUGAUCAAGUCGAUCAUCGGCGGCUGCCCGGCACAGAACCAAGGAGGAAACAUGGGCGACAGUGCCAGCUUCGUGGUUCCUUUCAAGUACGACUACGAGAUCCCGAAGGAGCUGGCCGCUGGCAACUAUACCCUGGCAUGGACCUGGUUCAAUAAAGUCGGCAACCGCGAGAUGUACAUGAACUGCGCCCCGCUGACCGUUACCGGCUCCGCCGGCUCGGAAGCUUUCAUGAACACUCUGCCUGAUAUGUUUACCGCGAACAUUGGCACGGGCUGUGGAACCAAGGAGGGCGCGGAUGUCGUCUUCCCUGACCCGGGCAAGAAUGUUGCCUUCUCCAACGCUGCCACGCCGCAAGCUACCGCACCUCCUACCGGUUCUUGCCCCACGGGCCAGGGCCCUGCACCCGUCCCUGGGCCGACCGGGGCCCCUUCUCCGGUCCCAACGAGUGCUCCCCAGCCCUCGAACGUCAACAACCCUGUUCAGCAGCCGUCCCAGUCCGCGACUAAGCCCGGUGGCGUCUAUAUCACUGUUUCGCAGAACCAGCCUGUCGCCACGUCUGCAGCUCCCGUCGCUUCCCAGCCUGUCGCCACUCCGCCGGCCGCUCCCUCGUCCGUCGCCCCUGCCCCCGGCGCUGGUAACCCAGUUGGCAACAACCCAUCGGGUGGCCAUGCUCAGGGCGCUGCCUGCACGACGGAGGGCGCCUGGAACUGCAUUGGAGGUACCUCUUUCCAGCGCUGCGCCAGCGGCACCUGGUCCGCCGUUCAGCCUAUGGCAGCUGGCGUGCAGUGCACGGCUGGAGAGUCGAACAACCUCGAGACGAAGGCGAAGAUGUCGAAGCGCCACAUGCGCUGGGCUCGUCGGUUCGCAGCAUAG